AUGAAAUGUCCCACCACCAACUUGACCACGCUCCAAUUCCUACCUGCCCACUUCCGCUCUCUCCUCCGCUCAUGUGCCUGCAACUCCUCGCUUUCCACUGGAAAAGAGCUCCAUGCCAUAAUAUUAACCUCUGGCCUUGUCCCGGCAUGCCCUAACAGUUUCCUCCUCAACGCCCUCCACCACAUGUAUGCCUCCUGCGGCGUUACAUCCUCCGCACGCCACCUGUUCUACCAAAUUCCCCGCUCACAUAAAGACGUUAUAGAUUGGACAACCCUGCUAACCUGCCUUGUGCAACACGGGACCAAACCUUCUGAAGGUUUUUGUUUCUUCAAAGAAAUGAGGAAAGAGAGUGUUGUUCUUGACGAUGUUGUGAUGAUUUCUGUGUUUGUUUUGUGCGCACGGGUGGAGGAUUUGCGGAUGGGGAGGCAAGCACAGGGGUGUCUUGUGAAGAUGGGUUUGGGAGGGGUUAAGGUGUGUAACGCGGUAAUGAAUAUGUAUGUAAAAUGUGGGUUAGUCGGGGAGGUGAGAAGAGUUUUUAGUGAAAUGAAUGAGCGGAAUGUUGUUUCGUGGAGUAUAUUGUUGGAGGGAGUGGUUAAAUGGGAAGGGUUGGAGAAUGGGAGAGUGGUGUUUGAUGAGAUGCCGGAGAGGAAUGAGGUUGGUUGGUCUAUAAUGAUUGCGGGUUAUGUGGGAAAUGGGUUUUCUAGGGAAGGGUUUCUACUAUUGGUUGAAAUGGUUUUGAGGUUGAGGUUAGGGUUGAAUUUUGUUACGCUUUCUUCGAUUUUAUCAGCUUGUGCACUAUCUGGGGAUGUCAUGAUGGGGAGAUGGGUUCACGUUUAUGCUAUGAAGGAAAUGGGAAGGGAGAUGCAUGUCAUGGUGGCUACAGCUUUGGUGGACAUGUAUGCAAAAUGUGGACAGAUAGAUAUGGCAUUGGCAGCCUUCAAUUACCUACCAAGAAGGAACGUGGUGGCUUGGAAUGCGAUACUUGGUGGCCUAGCGAUGCAUGGAAGGGGUGAAUUUGUAUUGGAUAUAUUCCCGAAAAUGAUUGAAGAAGCUACGCCAGAUGAUUUAACUUUUAUGGCUGUCUUAAGUGCUUGCAGCCACUCAGGUUUAGUUGAUCAAGGCUACCACUAUUUUCACAGCCUUGAAUCAGAGUAUGGAAUAACACCUAAGGUUGAACACUAUGCUUGUAUGGUGGAUCUUCUGGGUCGGGCCGGCUGUUUAGAAGAAGCUGAGUUGUUGAUAAAGAAGAUGCCAAUGCGUCCAAAUGAGGUUGUUCUAGGAUCCCUUUUGGGUUCUUGCAAUGCCCAUGGAAAGUUACAGCUUGGUGAGCGAAUUCUGCAAGAGCUGGUUCAGAUGGACCAACAUAAUACAGAGUAUCAUGUAUUGCUUUCGAACAUGUAUUCUUUAGAAGGAAAGCAAGACAAGGCUAAUUCACUCAGACAGGUCCUUAAGAGUAAGGGUAUUAGAAAGGUCCCAGGAAUGAGUUCUAUUCAUGUCGGUGGCCAAGUUCAUCAGUUCAGUUCAGGGGGUAAGUCACACCCACUGACAAAGGAAAUUUAUCAUGCAUUGGAUGAUAUGAUUCGAAGGUUAAGAUUAGCUGGUUAUGUGCCCAAUACCACUACCCAAGUUUUUUCAGGUUCUGAUGGCAGGGAGGAUAGCACCAAGGAGAUGGAGGAGAAAGAGCAAGCAUUGUUCUUGCACAGUGAAAAGCUGGCAUUUUGUUUUGGGCUCAUAAGUACAAAACCUGGUGCACCUCUUUAUAUAUUCAAGAAUCUACGCAUAUGCCAAGAUUGUCAUUCUGCUAUUAAAAUUGCUUCUAAGAUAUACAACCGAGAGAUUAUAAUUAGAGAUCGCAAUCGUUUUCAUUGUUUCAAGCAUGGUUCAUGUUCUUGUUCUGAUUAUUGGUGA